AUGUUGCCACCAGAGGAACGGAGACAGCAGCAGGCGGUGGUAGAAUCCGUGCCCUCGGACAUGGAUGGUUACAGCGACUUGAAAUGCGAGAUUUGUCACCAGCACCAACAUCCGGUUCAGGGCACUUUAUUCUGGCGGUGCUCGAGGUGUGGCGGGAUGCACCAUGACGAAUGCGUCGUUUUGCAGCCAGAAUUCGACGCCAAUGGUCUUCCCACCAAAUUUGGCUGCACCAAAUGCAGAACCCCUUGGUUUCUGCGCAGCGAGCUUUGUUGCACUGGGGAUUGCGGCGAAGAGAACGGGCCCGAGGGGGCCGAUGUGGACGAAAGUCUUGAUCUGCCGGAGCAGCGUCAACCACCCGUCGCCCCAGAGCAAGCUCAGCCGAGACUGGAGAAGCGAGAUGCCCGUACCCUAGUGGCAUCGCUCGUGGCGCCUCGGUCGCUGAGCACCGUCUACACCCUGAUCGGGGUGGUGAGCUCGGUCGGCAUGUUGAUCGCGGGCCCUCUUCUCGCGGGCAUGUUCCACCUGGGAAUGGUGCUUGGCGACCUCUGGGUGGGUCUGCCAUUCUUGGUUGCAGCCGGGUUUUACGCGCUGGUGCUUGCUGUGAUCUCUGCGGUUAGGGUUGGGGCUGUGGAAAGGGAAUGA